AUGAUGUUAGGCUCAAGCACCCGAUUAAACUCAAGCACCGGAUUAGGCCUAACCCUCAUCACCAACAUUGCUAUCACCAAGGCUUCUCUUUACUCUAAAAAGAAGAGAGUCUGUGCAAUCUCCUCUGCUUCACUAAAACCCUCAGACAACCCUCCCCAGCCUCAAAACAUCAUGUUUCAGAAUGUGUUGGACACUACAACAGCCACCACAGCUCAACUACAUCAAAUCAAUAUUGACUUCAAUCCCCACCCAGCCCUCUCACCAGAAGGAGAAUUCAUUGAGAAUGUGACUGACUGCACUCAAGCAGUCCUGCUAACCACAAAGAACUUCUCUUUCACAGUGAAUUAUAAGCUCAAUGCUCUGCUGAGUCAUGUCAACAACUCCUCCUCUGCAGAGCUAGCUGCAGUGCUUGAGCUAUGCAAUAAGCUAUCUGCAGUACUGGAUCUAAUACUCUGCACUUAUGAAAACUCUCUAUCAUGCCAGACUGCUGUACUAAGGCAAGUCAUGGGACACAGCAUAGUCAAAGUCAUUAAAGACCUCACUGUCAAAUCAAAAUCUAUGUUGACAUAUGCUACUGUCAUGACAGCUAAGGCAAUUCUCUCAAACAAUUCCUCUCAGACUGUUUCAGCAAUGGGACAAUCUCACAAGAAGCAGAUACAGCAGGUCAACUGCCCUCUGCAUCAAGAACAGAAAGACAAAUGA